AUGGAGGAGCACAAGACGCCUCGGAACAGCGUCUUGUUAUCUACCGUGCGCUCCCUCCCACUCCUCGUACCGAUAGCCGUCUCUAAAGGUUAUAGUCCGGUACGACUUGCCUUCACCUCACUUCUACGUGUGCUGCAGAACUCGUUUCUGUUCAUCGCUAUCGGAUGGCUCUUUGGGUACUGCUUCACGUUGGGGAAUAUUUUCUCAAAACUCCCUCCGAGUCAACAAUCAAUUCCAGUCUUCAACGCUGCGAAUAUGGCGUGGUGGUAUCUUGUGUUUGCUACGUGUAUGGUUAUCAUCAUUUCUGCCAAGCUGCCACGAGAACAAUUCGUUUGGCGUCCGUCAAAGCCCUUUCUGUACAUCGCAGCCUUCUGGGGGUUCUAUAGUAUGGUCAUUGUCGACGUCUACGCUCGACGGAUCUUUCAGACGCAGACACGGCGUUUCUGGGUCCCUUCGUGUCGUCGGGUCUUGUAUGUUUACGGUAAGAACAUGCCGGUGAUUGUCUUUACGAUGAUUUCUAUCGACAGUGGGGACUCCUAG